CGAUUUUCUUCACGGUUUAGAAAACUGUUUGAUCCCUCCCCCUAUAUUUGGAUCAAACUAAAGAUUAUAUAUAGCUAAGCGCCACAAAAUUUGACUCCACUCUUCAGUUUCGCCUUAAUUCUGGAACAAGCUCUUCAUUCAUUCCUCUCUUCAGGUCACUGGUAACACUUAUCUAGAGAACAAUGGCUGUUUCUGUUAAGUUAAUGUCUCUUAUUGUUGGAACUUUGGGUUUCAUAUCCUUUAUAUUUGGAGUCGUUGCUGAAAACAAGAAGCCUGCUUCUGGAACUCCCAUCCCAGGCAAAGGCAUUGUAGUCUGCAAAUAUCCGAGCGACCCGACGGUGGCUUUGGGAUUUCUUUCCUUUUUGUUUCUUCUUGCUUCUUCAUGUGCAGGAUACCUCUCUCUGUUCUAUCCUUACGAAGGAAAAUCCAUUCCUCGAGGUGCCUUCUUUAAGAGCAUUAGUUUCUCUGCAUUCUUCAACAUUGCUCUGUUCACAACUGGAUUAGCUAUAACUUUCCUGGUCUGGCCUACAGUCACGGAGCAACUUCACUUGACUCGCAAUGUUCAUCUCAAUCUUGAGACAGCGUGCCCGACCGCUAAGACCGGUCUUCUAGGUGGUGGUGCAUUUCUAUCUCUUGAUUCAUCUCUCCUUUGGUUGGUUGCUCUGAUGCUUGCCGGUAAUGCCCGAGAGGACUAUUUCGAUGAAAUAGCGGAAAAAGGAACCAAGGUUGAAGCUCUUAAGAGCAGUGCUUGAAGCUUCUUUGUUUGUUUAGUGAGAAAAAUAAUUCAGUUUCACAUCACUGUCAAUCUACUUGUUAUUGAGGAUUUAUUGCCAUUAGGGGGAAAAAAGGGUAAGAAUUACUUUGAAAUGUAUAUUCUUCUUUAUAGUAUAUUGUUGGGACAAUCCUUGUGGCUUCGGCUAAGUCGUCAAAUGUAUAGGAUAUUUAUCUUUUUUUAGUUAAUGAUGAUGCAUUGUAAUUUUAGUCCUUUA